ACCAAAAAGACCACAAGAUCUGUGGAAAUGAAAAUUGCGGGGUCAAUUUUGUGCAAAUUUCGGUGUUAUUUCCCUGGCAAAGCCAAAAAUGCCAGCUCACAAAUUCAGAGAUUCACCACCGCUGUUGCUCCAGCUAGCAACAUCCUCCGUUACUAUGGGCAACCAGCCCCUCACACGCAUCCCCACCUCUUCAAAAAGGAUGAAGUCACACCAGGACUUGAGAAACUGGAAUACAGACUUAGGCGAGAACUUCUAAUGAAGAGGAUAAUGGACUCGGGCCUUGGAAGGACAUUCCCCGAUAUGGACCAUUUAGUCGUCUUCACGUCUGCUCCGAAGUUAUACAUGUCUAUUGAUGUACCAUACUUUUACAGACAAAAUACGGAAUUCCUUUACAUGAGUGGCUUUAUUGAAGCGGACAGUGUUUUGCUGCUUCAUUCUCAAAAGAAAUUAGGAUCGGGGUUUGAGGAAGUGAUGUUUGUUACACAGCGGAAUGCGUCCAAGGAACUUUGGGAGGGUCCAAGCGCUGGUGUCGAGGGGGGUAGAGACUUAUUAGGCAUACAAAACGUAAAACCACUAGAUCACCUGGAUCGAUAUCUCGCAAAUUAUCUGAAAGAUUCGAACAAAUUUUGUUUGUGGUACGAGUAUCUGAAACCAGUUAAUCAGAAAAUCCAUUCGAACUCAUUUCUUCCAUUAAUGAAAGAGGCGAAUCGUGUUGAAACGCCGACCAAGAUUGUACAUCAUCAGAGAUUGAUGAAAUCGACAGCCGAGAUUGAGUUGAUGAGGAAGUCGAAUCGGAUUGCUUCAGAGGCCUUUGUUGAAGUCAUGAAGUUUACAAAACCCUGGAUCAAUGAGUCGGCUCUCUUUGCCAAGAUGGAUUUUGAGUGUCGGAUCCAUGGUGCUGAGUACCUGGCCUAUCCACCAGUUGUUGCAGGUGGCAACCGGGCGAACACGAUCCACUACAUCUCAAACAACCAAGUGAUUGCAGACGGUGAACUUGUCUUGAUGGAUGCUGGCUGCGAAUACCAUGGUUACUGCAGUGACAUCACUAGGACGUGGCCUGUCACAGGAAAUUUCUCCCCCGCUCAACGUGACCUCUACAGUGCCUGCCUGAUUAUUCAAGAACUCUGCAUCCAAAUGUGCCGUCCAGGAGUCACCUUGGAAGAGAUCUAUCGUGCAAUGUUGGCAAUUAUGGGUGAACAACUCAAGAAGCUAGGCCUCAUCCCUAGUAGCGUCAGUGCCUCUGAUGUCAUUAAGCUCACCCGCCAAUUCUGUGCCCAUCACGUCGGUCACUAUCUUGGAAUGGACGUCCACGACUCGGCAGAAGUUGGACGCAAUCUUGCACUACAACCAGGCAUGAUCAUAACAAUUGAACCAGGUAUCUACAUCUCGGCGACGAGGAAUGACGUGGACCCCAAAUAUCGCGGGAUAGGUAUUCGUAUCGAGGACAAUAUACUGAUCACAGAGACUGGACAUGAAAACCUUACUGCAAAUUGUCCAAAGGAUCCAGAUGUGAUUGAACAAAUCAUUACUGAUGGAAAAUCUUGAACUUACUAUAAACCAUAUUAUACGUAGAUCUAUUUCACCUGCCUCAAAUGGUCCAUUCACCACUUCCCUCAAGCAGAAAUCAUGUACAACUUCCCGUGCUUUGACUGAUCAAAACCCCUGCAUGUGAUCAUGGCUGUGCUGUCUGUGCUGAAAAAGCAUAAUAGCUCUCUUCUGAUAAGUCAAUACCUGUCGGGAUGUUCCAAAUUGCUUCUAUAGCGCUGCUUGAGGAAUGUUUUGAAUUGUUUGAAGGCAACUCACAUGUGCAUGUUAACAAAAUGCAAUAUAAAUAAAACCAGCUCAGAAGAUUGUCCAAAUGUGCAUUUAACCAUGUUUGUG